AUGGCAAGUUUAACAGUUUUGCGUCAUUCUGGCAAGUGGAACGAUGAGGGCAAUUGCAUCGAUUUUUCAAUUGAGGGAAUACUGAUAAAGGAGUAUGCCUCCUUUAAUGAUCUGGUUGUUUCAAUUUCAAAUCAAUUGGGUAUCGAUUUGAGCUCCAAGACCAUUAAAAUACAAUACAAAGUAGAAGGAAAUUGCACACCAAUGGAAAUACAUAAUGAUAUGGGUUACAGAGUUUAUGUAGAAUUGAAAAAAGAGAACAAAGAAUUUGGGAUGUAUCCUUUGUGCAUAACAACUAUCGAAAAAGAUCUUAUAUCCGGAGGUAGUUUAAAUCAAGGCGACAUUGUGCAAAUAGACGAAGGAGUUCAAAGGUACGAUUCCGAUACAGAUGAUACACUGGCUCUAGAUUUUGUCAAUUCAAGAGAAGCGAUUGGAGUGUUCGAACUCCACAAGGAUUUGAUAAUUUCAAAAACUAAUCAAAAGGAGGUUAUGGCUGGACAAGUUUAUAAGGAUAAGGCUACAUUGAAAGAGGUGAUGGAGAAUUAUGCUAUAGCUCAAAGGUUUCAAUUCCGGGUUGAUAGGUCUAAUGCUGUCAGCUAUGCAUUAUUACGCAUUUCAGAAGAUUGUGAAUGGAGGUUUAAGGCUUCAAGUAUUAACAAAUCAGAACUAUUCAAAGUGAGAGAAUUCAAUGAUAACCAUACAUGUCCGCUGAAGGACAAGGUGUAUGAGCAGCGGCAGGCUAGUAGCAGCCUUAUAGGUGGUAUGAUAAGGCCUAAGCUUACAAACCAUAAGAGGAAAUACACUCCAAGGGAUAUUAUUGAUGAUGUGAAAUCAGAUUUAGGUGUAGAUGUUAGCUACAUGUUGGCGUGGAGGGCUAAAGAAAAGACCCAUUGUUGUUGUGGAUGGAAAUCACCUAAAAUCUUACUACACCAGGACAUUCGUUUCGGCAAGCACGUUGGAUGGUGCAGACCCAUUGUUGUUGUGGAUGGAAGUCACCUAAAAUCUUACUACACCGGGACAUUCGUUUCGGCAAGCACGUUGGAUGGUGCAGCAUAUGGUGUUAUUGAUUCAGAGAACGAUGUUGCUUGGACGUGGUUCUUUGAGCAAUUCAAGAUAGCAUACGAUGAAAGGGAAAACAUGUGCAUCGUUUCAGAUAGAAAUGAGAGUAUCAUUAAAUCUGUAUCGAGAGUGUAUCCAGAUAUACCGCAUUUUUCUUGUAUAUGGCAUCUAUGGAACAACAUAUAUAAGAAAUUCAAAAAGAGCCAUGCCAAGUUGAGCGAGAUAUACUUCUCUAUGGCAAAAGCAUACACACAAGCUGAAUUUGACAAUCUGAUGGAGAAGGUGGAGAAGGCAGAUAUUAGGGUGAAAGAAUACUUAGAGUUAGCUGGUUACGAAAAGUGGACUAGGUUGUAUGCACCUGUUAACAGGGGAUGGACAAUGACGUCAAAUAUUGCUGAGUCAAUCAAUGCCGCACUAGUUUCAGCAAGGGAAUUGCCAAUAUACGACUUCCUCGAAAAAGUUAGGAAGAUGUUUGGACGUUGGAAUUGUAGUAACCGCAAAGAAGCUACACAGACAUACACGACGCUUGGAAAAAAAUACCAGGAGAUGCUGACUUUGAAUGAGGAAAUGUCUACACGUAUGACUGUGGUACCAUCAACUGAAUACUUACAUACAGUUAACGAUGGUGGGAGGAAUUACACAGUCUGCCUGUUAGAGAGAAAAUGUGUUUGUGGGAGGUUCCAAGUUGAUGAAUUGCCAUGCCCACAUACUUGGUCUGUAUUGAAGAGCAAGUUUCUAAUGCCAGAAGAAUAUUGCUCUAACUAUUACAAACCAAAUACAAUUGUAAUGACAUAUGAUUUGCAAGUGUACCCUCUACCGGACAGAAAUGACUGGAAUAUACCAGAACAUGUUACAGAGGAGGUUGUACUACCACCCAAAUGGAAAAGACCUCUUGGAAGGCCAAAGAAGAAGCGCGAUAAAACAUUAAGUGAAUUGCUGCAACCGAAAAAUCAACAUUCAUGUAGCAUAUGUGGGCAGGUAGGACAUAACAAGCGAACGUGUAGAAAUGCUCCACGUAAUAAAUAG